AGACGAGUACAGUCCGGCUUUUGCUCCUUUUUUUGGUUUUGCUGGAUGUGCAGCAGCAAUGAUUUUAUCGUGUGCUGGUGCUGCCAUUGGUACUGCUAAGUCAGGUAUUGGUAUUUCAGGUAUUGGUACUUUUAAACCUGAACUUAUAAUGAAAUCCUUGAUUCCUGUUGUCAUGUCGGGUAUUUUAUCGGUGUAUGGGUUGGUUGUUUCUGUUUUGAUUGCUGGAGGUUUGGCUCCCACUCAAAACUAUUCACUUUUCAAUGGAUUUAUGCAUUUAGCUUGUGGAUUGGCGGUUGGAUUCGCUUGUUUGGCUUCUGGUUAUUCAAUUGGGAUAGUUGGUGAUGAAGGUGUGAGACAAUUCAUGCACCAACCAAGAUUAUUUGUUGGUAUUGUUUUGAUUUUGAUUUUUGCUGAAGUUUUAGGAUUAUAUGGUAUGAUUAUCGCUUUAAUCUUAAAUACUAAAGGUAGUGGUUAAUUUACAUGCAUUAUAUAGAUUGACUGGUUGAGGAUCAAUGCUAUUCAAUUACCAUUUCUAUCUCUUAUUCCUUUAUAAAAAUUAUUACUUUUUUACUUCUUGACAUCCAUCAAACACUUUUCUUUUUGUUUACUUCAUUUUCAAUAUAGUCCAAGC